AUGGCUUGGAACUGUGGUUGCGCCCUCAAAGUGCCAGACCUUACCCCUUAUUUAUGGCCAGUUGUUCAGGCUGAAUGUAUCGGUAAAGCACAAGAUUGCUUGUCCAUCUGUAACAAGAAACCGGCCGCUUCUGCAGGUCCUUGUUCACAUGCUUGUCAGACGUACUAUCAGUGCAAUACAGAAAUGGCCCCUCCUAGCUAUUUGAGAACAGACAGUCCAGAUGAAACGCCU